CAAGAUUUCGGGGGUGCAUAGACUUUCCACAGCUUGGGACUAUUUUAGUGAGACAAAGAGAAAGGACUUUAACAUCCCAGUAACAACCAACGUGGUACAAAUACUUACGAAGAUCCAGCCAAAUACCGGUAGACAUCGUCAACCGUCACCACAACCGUUACUACUACCACAACAACAACAACAGCCUUUCACCUUCACCAUGGCGACCACCGGCAUGCAGCUCCUGGGCCUGGUCUUGUCCCUGGUUGGCUGGGUGGGCGGCUUCCUGGUAUGCUCUAUUCCGCUGUGGCGCGUCACCGCCUUCAUCGGCAACAACAUUGUGACGGCUCAGAUCAUCUGGGAGGGGCUGUGGAUGACGUGCAUCGUCCAAUCAACGGGCCAGAUCCAGUGCAAGGUGUACGACAGUCUCUUGGCCCUGCCCAGCGACAUGCAGGCGGCCCGGGGCCUCACCGUGCUCUCCGUCCUCCUCUGUGGCCUGGCCCUGGCUCUAGGCGUGGUGGGGGUAAAGUGCACCAAAUGUAUUGGUCAGAAUAGUCUGAAGGCUCGUAUUGCAAGGAUCUCCGGCUUUCUGUUCGGCAUCGCUGGGUUUCUCUACCUGGUUCCUAUCUGCUGGACGGCCCACUCCAUUAUCAGGGACUUCUAUGAUCCCCACGUGGCCGCGCCGCACAAGAGAGAGCUAGGCCCCGCCCUAUACCUGGGCUGGGGGGCGUCAGCCUUGCUCCUGAUUGGUGGGUCGCUGCUGUAUGCGGGGUCGAGUCCUCCCGGCAUCCCCGGGUCUCCGACCUUCAGCAGCGACAGCAGCCCCCGUAGAGGACCUGCCGCUCAGGUCAAAGGUUACGUCUGA